AUGUCAGUACCGCCGUCGUCGACAAUUCGCGACCCGCCUCCAUCGCGCUGGUCCCUUUCCAUCUACACCAGCCAGCCAGCCAAGCUGCCGCUCCUCGACAGCGACCCCUCACUCCCACACAGCGUCGUCUUCAUCCCAGGCCUUACCGAUACCUUUGGCACCUGCCCUUACCUCGAUCGCCUCGCAGCCGGAGUGGCCCCGUAUGGCUUCUCGGUAGUUCAACUCCAGCUGAGCAGCAGCCUGGGCGGCUUCGGGGUGUGCAGCUUGGAGGGCGAUGCGCAGGAGAUUGCAAGGGGCGUCAGCUGGUUGAGGGAGAAGAGAGGCAAGGACAAGGUGGUCCUAAUGGGCCAUUCGACUGGGUGUCAAGACGCCAUGGCCUACUUGUCGCAUCCUAAUGGAGCUGCAGCGAGGGGAGAAAAGGCGAUCGUGGAUGGAGUUGUGCUUCAGGCGCCUGUGUCUGAUCGGGAGUCGUGGGAGAAUGAGUAUGCGCAAGAGAGCAGCGAAGUUGGGAAGAGGACUCGCAAGACCCUGCGCGAUGCAAGUCGACUGGUGGAAGAGGGCAAAGGCAGUCAGCUCCUCCCUCGAGACGUGCCCGUCAUCCGCCGCCCCGGUCCAGACGACACUGAGCAACUAGGCAACGUGGAUGCGGUCAAUGAUUCGCCUAUGACGGCCUAUAGAUACUGGUCCCUCUUCGCCAAGGGAGGGGAAGACGACUACUUCUCCACG